AUGCGCGUUUUUCAUUUCAAUUCACGAGCGGGUGUUUGUCUGUCGAGGCAUGUUAGACUAAAUUCACAUACACGCCUCGCCAAAGGCAGAUUUCUGUCGAGUUGCCGCGAUGAAGCAUUUUCACUCCCCGUGGGAAACAAUGGGCUUGUGUCAAUAAGUGUAACAAAGCCAGAUGAUAUUUCCAACGACCCAUCGUUGGAGUCAAGGGUGAUUCUUUAUCUUCCACCAGGUCCUAUCUUCAAGGGAUUCAACGGCAGCGAGCCAGUCCAAAAUGAAGUGGAUUCUGAUAUUUGGGCCAAUUCAAUAAAUGCUACAGGAUCUAGCUCAUUAAUAUCUAAGAGCACGUCUCCACAACAUGCGCUAGCUUGCAUGACCUCUUCGACGGUAGUGACGGUGAAUUAUCGUCUCGGCCUGUCACAGGAAGGAAAUCAUGCAUCCCCAGAGACAGAAUCAGAAUCAGAACCCUAUGCAGUUGAAUUCCACAAAUACCCCACCCCAGUGCAUGAUACACUCAUGGGAUUUGACUGGAUCCAAACUCAUCUCAAACCCACACAAUUCGGAGUCUUCGGCUCACAUAUUGGUGGAUCAUUAGCACUUAUGCUAGCACUUACAGAAGCCCAAUCACUACAUGGUAUCGCCGCCCUCGAACCAAUUUGCGACUGGCCCAGCCUCGAUGAUUACUGUAUAGGUGCAAGUGCCAAUAGUACAGAUCCCCAAGACACGGGAAACAAAAGAUACAAGAGACCAGCCAAACAAAAAGGGCCCGCGCCGCCAGAUCUGGUUCCACUCCUCGAAGCGCGGGAGAAAUAUUUCACCUCGUUUGAGCGGUGUUUUGAUGCUUUUGCUUCGCCGAUUCUGUUUCUUCGCUCUGCGGGCCGUGAUGCUGAGAAACUUUUUCCUCGGUAUUUAACCGGUCCUAACCAUCCGAUUCCUGUCCUAGAAGAUGGCUUAAACCCCACAUCUACGGCGCGGCAGAGUGGUUCAAAUGGAAGGUCUAGUGAGAAUGAUUAUCUUGAUGCUGAAAUAGGCAGUAAUUUGAGUUCUUCAGAAUCGCAUGUACCUGUUCGUCGGCGGAAGGCGCUCUCUCGAUGGCCGCCUUAUGGAUUGGAUUAUGGAUUGAGUAGUAAGACUUGGUCGGGGCCUGAUGAUGGAAUUGGUAGACUACAGAUCACUUUGCCGUGGGUGAAAAUCUUUUUACGGAAUGGCUCGUUGGAACAGAAUGCGAGUAAUAAGGAUUUACCCGCUAAGCGUACGGUUCUGGAUCACCAGGGUGAAGAAAUGGCCUCUGUUAUGCGAAGAGCGUGCUUUUGGGGCCGGGAGAAAGGGUUCGGAGAACAGAGGGUAACUCUUGGAAAGGUGGAUGAGAAUUUGGGGCGAGAAGUGAAGGAAUAUUUUGAUGUAGUAUUUGACGAAACAAACAGCGAUUUAUAG